AUGACAGAAAUGCCUCCUUAUCUCGCUGUUAAAGAUGAGGAGAAAAAUAGUGGGCAGACAGAUAGCGAGUGUUCGGACUCUGAGGACGAUUUACCUUUAAGUUUUAAUAAACCAAGACAUAUUGAACCCAUAAAAGGCGCUGAACGCCAGGACCACUCAUGGAGAGUGAAGGAAAAGUACAAGACACAUUGCGUUGCAUUGGUCCUGUGCCUCAAUGUGGGUGUUGAUCCUCCGGACGUGGUGAAAACUCAGCCUUGUGCAAGACUGGAAUGCUGGAUUGAUCCGAACUCGUUGUCUCCGAGCAAGGCGUUGGAAAGCAUCGGCCACGCGCUACAGACUCAGUAUGAGCGAUGGCAGCCUCGAGCACGAUACAAGCAGUCGCUCGACCCCACUAGCGAUGAGAUUAAGAAGCUGUGCUGUUCCUUACGCCGUAACGCAAAGGAUGAGCGUGUACUCUUCCAUUACAAUGGACAUGGUGUGCCAAAGCCCACCUUGCAAGGAGAAAUAUGGGUCUUCAACAGGGCAUACACACAGUACAUCCCGCUGUCGAUGUACGACCUGCAAACGUGGAUGGGUGCGCCCUCGCUGUACGUGUACGACUGCUCUAACGCGGGCGUCAUUGUCGACAACUUCAAGCAGUUCGCAGAACAACACGAGCGCGACUACGAGAUGCAGGCGAGCGCUGGUGGGGGUGGCGGGGGUGGCGGGGGCGAGGGCGGCGCGGUGUCGUACAAGAACUGCAUCCAGCUGGCGGCGUGCGCGGCGGGCCAGAGCCUGCCCAUGAGCCCCGAGCUGCCGGCGGACCUGUUCACGGCGUGCCUCACCACGCCCGUCAAGAUGGCCAUGAAGUGGUUCGUGCUGCGCAGCCGCGUGCGUGUCGCGCGCCACGACCUCGUCGACCUCAUCGACAAAAUACCUGGCCAGGUGACCGAUCGACGCACGAUGCUCGGCGAACUGAACUGGAUUUUCACAGCGAUCACUGACACAAUCGCGUGGAGCUCGCUGCCUUCGGAGUUGUUCCAGCAGCUGUUUCGCGCUGAUCUCCUCACUGCGAGUCUGUGUCGGAACUUCUUGCUGGCUGAUAGGAUUAUGAGGUCGUACAACUGCACGCCGGUGUCGAGCCCGGCGCUGCCGUCGCUGGCGACGCACCCGCUGUGGGCGGGCUGGGAGCACACGCUGGACCUGGCGCUGGCGCAGCUGCCCGCGCUGCUGGCCGCGGACCCGCCCGCCUACCGCCACUCGCCCUUCUUCCGCGACCAGCUCACCGCCUUCCAAGUGUGGCUCGACCUGGGCAAGUCUUCAAGGCCACCACCGGACCAGCUGCCAAUGGUGCUGCAAGUACUGUUGAGUACUCUUCACCGCGUAAGGGCGCUGCAGAUACUUUGCAAAUUCUUGGCCUUGGGACCUUGGGCUGUGAAGGCUGUCCUCGCUGUGGGCAUCUUCCCUUACAUGCUAAAGCUUCUACAGGCGUCUGCUCACGACUUGAGGGCUUCCAUGGUGUACAUAUGGGCGAAGAUCAUUGCUGUUGAUCCGAGUUGUCAAGUGGAUCUGGUAAAUGCGAAGGGGCACAAAUAUUUUCUAUCAAUACUUCAAGAUCCUUCAAUAGAUAGUGAGCACAGGACGCUUGCGGCAUUUGUUCUGGCCGGGAUCGUUGACAACUAUCCAGCGGGGCAGGAGGCAGCUUUACAGGGGUCGAUGAUCUCGCUGUGCCUGGAGCAGCUGAGCGACCCGUGGCCGCCGCUGCGGCAGUGGGCGUGCGUGGGGCUGGGUCGGCUGUGGCGCGGCUACGACGCCGCGCGCUGGGCCGGCGUGCGCGACCUGGCGCACGAGAAGCUGGCCGCGCUGCUGCAUCACCACCAGCCCGAGGUGCGUGCGGCCUGCGCGUUCGCGCUGGGCACGUUCGUAGCGGCGGGCGGAUGCGGCGCGCGUACCGAGCAUGCCAACGCGCUCGACCAGCAGGUGGGCGUGCAGCUCGCCGCGCGCCUGCCGCCCGACGCCUCGCCGCUCGUGCGCGCAGAGUUGCUCGCAGCACUGCAAUGGCUGGUUCUGAUAUUCGAACAACAUUUCAUUGCUGUUUAUAUUCAAGAGAGAAUGAGGCGAAGUGAUAAAGAGUCGAGGCGCAGCGGGCGGGUGGAGGCGGGGCAGGACGCGCUGGCGCCGGCGCGCUCCGCGCACGCACACACGCUCGCGCACACGCACACGCCGCGCACUGCGCUCGUGCUGCCCUCCAUCGGUUUCGGCUCGGUGUACAUGAAGUUGUGGACAGCGUUGUGCAGCAUGGCAAAGGAGCCACACCCACAAAUCUCGCAGAUGGCGUCUGACAUCAUCAAUUACAUAUCCAACCAGGUGGACAAUGUAAGCCGAGAAACUGAGAUGAUACGAAGCAGCAGCGGCUCCAGCUCCUUGCCACCUUCCCCCAACACGAGGCCCGCCCCGCUCAGUUCGCACGGGGACACGCGAACUUUGCCCAUCAUGGGUCAUCGGCGAGGCAAGUCCGGCCUCCCUCAUACGAUAUCGGAGGACUCAGUAGCGCACCGUGAUCGCGAGCGUGACUCUACUUCUUCUAACUCUAGUCAAACAACAAAGAAGGCGAUAGUGAGCACUGAGUUCGUGGAGUGGGCGACGGCGCAGUUCUCGCGGGGUGAGUGCGGCCCGGCUGCGGGCGAGGGAGAGGGCGGGAGCGAGCAGGACAGCGAGAGCCGCGCGCAUCAUGAGCGCGUGUGGCGCCGAGCGCGCAAUCGUAGUCUUCGCCGCGCCGCCAGAGCGCUGCGAGGCGCGGGCGGGGGGUGCGGGUGCGUGCGGCUGGACACGCAGAGCUUCCACUCGCGCUGCGCGCUGCCGCCCGCCGUCGUGCGCUUCCACCCCUACGAGCAGCACCUCGCCGUCGCUUUCAAGGACAACUUCGGGAUCUGGGACUGGGGCACUGCGGCAAAAAUCUGUGCGGGCGCGUGGCGUCGGUCGUGGGGACGCAUCACCGCGCUGGCCUACCUCAACGCGCACGAGCGUGCGCUGCUCGCUGUCGCCUCGCACACCGGCAACCUCGCCAUCUACAGGCCGUCGGGCAGCGGCAGCGGCGUGGCGCCCGCGCUGGCGGCGGCGUGGCGCGCGCUGCCCGUGCGCCCCGCCGCCGACUACCGCCCGCCGCCCGCGCAGCCCAUAUACAGUCUAGCGCAGCUGGUGUCGGAACAGUUCAUCUCGGGUGAAGAGCGGCAAGCCACCAUCAAGACAAAACAGUCCGACCCCAAUCUGUCGAGCGGUGUGGUGUCGGGCGCUGGCGGCGGGGCGGGGGCGGGCGCGGCGGAGGGCGGUGCGGGCGGCGCGGGGGGCGGGCCGCCCGCCGUGCUGCUGCGCUGGAGCGAGGCGCGGCGCUCGCUGGCGCUGGCCGGCCUCUGCUCCACCAUACGCCUCUGGGACGCGGACGCCGAGCUGCUGAGCGCCGACAUCAAUACUGAGUGCGAGGCGGCGGCGACGGCGCUGUGGCGCGGGCCGCUGCUGCUGGCCGGGUUCGGCGACGGGUCGGUGCGCGCGUGGGACGAGCGCGCGGCCGCCGCGCCCGCGCUGGCGCUGCACGCGCACGCCGCGCCCGUGCUGUGCGUCGCGCCGCGCCCGCACCGCCACGCGCUGCUCACCGGCUGCAUGGACGGCGUAAUCCGCGUGUACGACACGCGCAAGAUGGCGGCGGUGGAGGUGGUGCGUGCGCCCGGCCCGCUCGCUGCCGUCGACGUGCACCCGCUCUGCGACCUGCUGGCCUGUGGGUCUGUGAACCAAUGUAUCAGCAUCUACGAUCUGAAGGGUGCAACUCUCAACACAAUUAAAUUCCAUGAGGGUUUCAUGGGUGCACGGAUCGGACCAGUUUCCUGUCUCACUUUCCAUCCACUAAGAUGCGCUUUAGGCGUGGGCUCGAAGGACUCUACUGUGUCAGUGUACGUGUCGGAGCCGCGGCGGUGA